UGUUUACGCUGAUUCUCAACCGAUCCGGCGGCUGUGAUAUUUAUAUACAUAUGACUGGGAGUUCUGAUCGGUCACGUCUCUACAACGCCAACUAUUUUCACGUUGAUAUUCUGUCUUUCGCGUAUCAAAAUUUUGUCAUGGGCAGAUCAAGUCAGAACCACUUCCAUUCAAUUAUUUAAUAUAAAUUUAACGAUAGUACCGGCACUCUAUUUGAACAACGGUCUUUGAGAUAGUUUGAAGAUUAUUUUUUCAACUGCCACAGAAGAUUCGGGUUACCCAAGACUACAACAAUCCAACUUUACUUAGAUCAAGACAACCUACUGAAACGAUAAUACAGACGGAAUGGUUAUCAGUGUAUCAAGACAGAUGGUUGCAAAACGCAGUUCAACAAAGCACGGCGCACCCCCCGGAGGACACAUCCUGUGUAAAGUGUGCGGGGACAAGGCAUCUGGCUUCCAUUACGGCGUCUUCUCGUGCGAAGGAUGCAAGGGUUUUUUCCGACGGACUAUCCGCCAGAACAUCACGUACAAACCGUGUGAUAACCCCAAGGGAUGUCUUAUCAUGAGGAUCAGCCGGAACAGAUGUCAGUUCUGUCGCUUACAGAAAUGCCUAACUGUGGGCAUGUCACACGAGUCGGUACGGUUAGGACGCUGUCCGAAAAAGGACCGACCAUCUAGCGCCAAUUUCUUUGUCCUUCCACAAAACCAGAGCGGUGCAGUUGACGUAGAUAAACAGGUGAAGAACGAACAGAUGGUUCUCUGUAUACAUGACGCAUUCAAGUCCGCCUCGAAGGAGUUUGACAGAGUCUCCAAAGACGUGGCCCCUGUUGAGAUGGAAGUGAUAUCCACCCAGGAAGAGUCGAAGAACAUUUACCUCCGGUAUCUCCCAACCAUGGUGCGUUGUAUCUCGACAUUCGCCAAGGAGAUUCCUCAGUUCCUUGACAUCUCCCUUGAGGACCAGCGUGUCCUCAUCAAGUCCUGUUUGCUGGAGAUGGCGGUUCUCCACGAUUCCACCCAUGUUCAUCUGACCGAUGGGGUUUGGGUGGACGAGAAACUCAAGUUCCAUAUGGAGACGGAGGCUCUUUCUAACCUUGGGCUCAUGGGAACGGUUUUCAGGAACUUCCACAAUGUCGUCAGUAAAAUCAGGAAGUUUGAAUUGACGGAUGUGGAGAUGUCCCUUGUCUGUGCAAUUGUCCUUCUGUGCCCAGAUCGUGAAGGGCUAAAGACGAGGAAGAUGUUAGAGAACCUGGAGACCGACCUGUGCAUGGCCCUCAAGUGCCAGCUUCUCCUCAACCACGGCGAAGGGGUCCUCCUCCUCGCCCGCAUCAUAAACAUGCUCGUCGACCUACGGACAAUCUCUACGAAGUACCUGGAAGAAAUUCUCAAUGCUCAAGUGGACAUGGGUUCGACAAAAGGUUGAUCCCUGUCCGGGGGGACAAAAGGUAUCCUGACGAUACUGAAAGCACCGCCAAGUGCAUUCAAGAUCUGUGAUAAAUGUGAAGACACUUUCCACCGACAAAUGGCAGCUCGGUGACCUUGUGACCUCUUGCCAUGCAAACUUCAGCUUGUGUCGAAGGGAGAUAACUCGAUGAUGUGCGUUGAUGUUACCGUGGCAACGAGCAUUGUCGUACAUUCCACAUUUUUGUCUUUCACAGUAGUAACCUGGUAUUAUUCAUGUUUUCUUACAGUGAAGCUAAAUGAUUGUGUCGUACGCUUUGAUGUGGAUCGUAAAUACCAAGUAAAUCUAUCCGGAAUUAUGGAUGCAUGUAUGCAUGUAUUUUUAUAUGUUUUUUUUAAAAAAAAAAUCCAACCUGUUGGUAUCAUUUGUACACCAACACUAAAUGUGUUUUAUGGUCUAAUAAUGAAAUUA